UUCCUGCUUUGAAGAAUGGCUGUGUCUCACCAGGACUCUGUCUUGGCUAUGAUUAAGGAGUUCAGAAGGAAUUGGCGCGCUCUGGGUAAUUCUGAGAGAACCACUGUGUGUGGCGCAGACUCCAUGUUGUUGGCCUUACAGCUUUCUAUGGCGGAGAACAACAAGCAGCACAGUGGAGAAUUUACAGUCUCUCUCAGUGAUGUCUUACUGACCUGGAAGUACUUACUACAUGAGAAAUUGAACUUACCAGUUGAAAAUAUGGAAGUGGUUGACCAUUACAAGGACAUUAGGAAAACUUAUGAUGAUUUCUUGAAGAACAGUAAUAUGUUAGAUCUGAUUGAUAUUUAUCAAAAAUGUGGGAUUUUGACUUCUUAUUGUGAAAAGGACAAGAUGUCACCUAGUCAACUACGAGAUUUUCUAUGUAGCAGUCAGUGUGCGUUGGAUGAUGAAGCUGACAUUGGUGUACCAGCAUCACCAGUGCGUGACCACUGGCAGGACAAUGAAAAGGUGUAUAUACUGGCGAAGAAAAUUAUCUUCUCAUAUUUAGACUUGCUAGUGAAUUCGAAGAAUGACUUGGCUCUGGCUCAUAUUCUAAAUAUUCCCGAUAGAGGACUGGGAAGAGAAGCCUUCACUGAUUUGAAACAUGCUGCUCAAGAGAAACACAUGUCUAUUUUUUUGGUGGCCACAUCAUUUAUUAGGACACUAGAGCUUGGAGGGAAGGGCUAUGCACCAGCGCCAUCUGAUCCUUUAAGGACACACGCAAAGGGCUUGACCAAGUUUAUUAACUUCAUUGACAAAUUAGAUGAGAUUCUUGGAGAAAUAUCAAAUGCAAGCCUUGCAGGGGGUCGAAUCCUGUCUGUGAUUAAGAUGAAGCUGAUUAAAGGCCAGAAUGGCAGGGAUCCUUUUUAUAAAGCAGUGGAGGAAGUUGCCCAGGAUUUGGAACUGAGGAUUAAAAAUAUUAUCAAUUCUCAACAGGGAGGCAUAUCUGCUAGCGCUACAGACAUCAGUCCUGCUCGGCCAAAAUCUCAUGCCAUAAACCAUGACACUGCAUACUGUGGGAGAGAUACUGUGAAAGCCUUACUAGUUCUUUUGGAUGAAGAAGCAGCCAGUGCUCCUACAAAAAACAAAGCAGAGCUUUUAUACAAUGACGAAAGCACAGAUCAUCCCAACAGAAUGUCUGUUCUCACACUUUUCAGAUCUCCCACACAAGUGAGCAACCCAUUGAAACCCUUGAGAGAACGCAUUCAGAAGUCAAUGCAAGAGAAAAACGUUAAGACGAAACAAACCUUAAUUAGAUCCCAAUUUGCUUGUACAUAUAAGGAUGAUUGCCAGAUAAGCAAGAAUAAAUGUAAUAAUGUUAAUUUACCAUCAAAACCCUUGUGUAUGCUUCGCAUGGAAAAUGACCUUACUGAGGGUGUAAAUUCAUCUGUUGGAAGAUCAACAGUUGGAACAAGCUUUGGAAGUGUUCAUCCGGACAGACGUAAAAAUGAGAAAGUGUCAAGAAAAUCAGAUAGUCAGACAGGAAAUAAAAGCUCAAAGAGAAAACAGGUGGAUUUGGAUCAUGAAAAUAUUUUCUGUGAUAAUGAAAAUGAACCAUCUCAUCCUAAAACUGUGAAGAUAUCUAAGAUACCAAACGAUUCACAGAAUAAACUGGAUGGCAAACUAGCCAGAGUACCAAAAAGCAGUAAGUGUGCUGCCAAGAACAAGUUGAUUGCUGGCCAGACAAAGCUAACUCAGUUUUUUCGACUAUGAAUUUGUUUUGUUUUGGAUUUAUGUGUAUGUAAAACCAGUUUACCAAAGAGGCUUAAUUUUAAAGAGAUGAAGGUGCAAAUUAUGGUUCUUUAUUAUUUUGGUCUGAAGUGUAUGUAGACUACUGUGUUAUGCGUUGUUCAAAAAAUACUAGUAAGUCAUAAUUAUGCAGAAUUUUCAGAGUUUAAUAUAUAGCACAAGCAUGUAAUUUAGGUUAUUGAUAUAUUUUUAAUAUUAUUUUCUUGUAAAACAGACAUAUUAAAACAAGCAUUUUAAAUAAUACGCAAGUUAUGGUAAUGUUAAGGGCUUUUCUCCCCACUGGCAAUGAAGUGGUUUUGUUUUCUUCCAAUGAGAUGAUGCGGACCAACAGACCUCAGACUUGCCAACAUGGCCGGUAGACUCUUCCCAGCAUGCACCUGAGCACUGAAGGGAAAAAGAACGUUUAAGUUGUUCAGCAGCAAAAACAAUGCGUCAGUAAUAACUAAUCCUGGUAAAUCAAAAUGACAAUAACCAACCGAUUCUUUUAAUCUCACUUUUGUACAGAGAUCACUUAACAUCAGCUAUAACUGAACCAUGGUCUCAUUCGGUUUUUUGAAUAAUUGGAUCCAAGUUCAGUAAAGCUCAACAGUUCUAUUUUAUGAUAUUAAAAUACAAAAUUGGGUUUAAAAAUACUACUCACUGUCAAAAUCUCUCCUUCCUAUAGGGAACUUAGCUGAAUUUUCUUCAUCCCCAAUCUCUCUCUUUUCUUGUGUUGACUCAGUAUUCUGAACUCCAUUCUCAGGUGGAAAAGCUACCGAUCCUUUUAGUGCAAGAUAAGGCUUUAGAGCCAGAUUGAGUGGCAGACCAUGAUUUAAGAAAUUAUGUUUGGAGCCUGUGUUCUGCAAAAAGAAGGUUGAUUUGUAUUUAUUCGUCCUAAGAAUGAAACUAUAAUGAAACUAUAUGCAAUUUAUUAGUAUCUUUACUGAUCAAAGAUGCUCUGCACUAUUUUAAACUCUUUAAAAAACACAUUAUGUACAGGUUUAUUAGGAAAGUUAAACUGGUCUGUAUGAAAUUUCAUCAACUGUCUUAAUGCACAUCAUGACUAUGUGCAUAUUUAGUAAACCAACCAACAAACAAAAAAACCAUAAAACACCCCCCCCCAAAUUGCAGCUAUCUAUUUUACUUUCUGAAGGAUUUAUAAAUUUCCACUGUAAGAAAAACCAAGUCACAUUGCUACUUACCCUUGAGUUUUUGUUUUCCUCAUCAUUCAUGAAAAUGCUCUCAUCAUUUUUAUAUUGUUCCAGUGAAGGAGCAGCAAUAGAUUUUUCUGCAGUAUCAUCCUUCGGAAAGGCUUUCCCCAUCCUAAAUGUAUUAAGUACCAUGUCAUCUUCUAAAUUUCUUAUGGACUUGGAAGCCGAAAGCAAAAUACCUUGAGAAAGCAAAGAAAAAGUUAGUAAUAAUAUGUAGCACGAGAGACUCAUUUUUGCCAUUCUUAGUUUGAUGUUUGCCUAGAGUUGGAUUUGCAGUCAACCUGCUUGGUAAAUGAGUCUCUGCCUUUAUAUAUUUUUCAGCUUGAAUAGAAAGCACUUCAGGGACUUAUACUUUGAUUACUUUCAGAAAUGACUCAUCAUGUAGAGGGUAACCUUUCACAUAGCUGCUAAUACCUGCAUUGUUUUGGUUUUAAUGGCAUAUUGUUUGAUUGUGAGUUUUCUCAGAAUCUCAUUACAGUCCUAGGUAGAAUGCCUUCUGUUGAGUAGAUUAUAGUCUCUUGAAAAUGGGUUGUUAUUAAGGAAGACCACAGGACAUCCAGCUCUCUAUUAUUGUUUCCUUCUGUGUAUUUUCUUAUUCAACAAGAUAUUAAAACUCAAGUUACUUUACUUACAAUGAUUUGGUGAAAGUUUUGUUUCCCUUUAAUCCUGAUUAAAUUGAAAUAAUCUUCAAAAGGAAUUUUCUUGUAUAAGUACUUGAUAUUGUCUUUGGUGAUUAAAGUGCAUAUACUUAUCAGUGUGAAUAAAAAGUUGUUCAUGCUGCA